GGGCGAUUUUCAAUUUCUAAAGAAAACCCCCCAUCACUCUCAAUCUCAUUUCGGAAAAUUUUUACCCAAUUUCUGAAUGUUGAUGGAGAAUUUCCCAAAACCCUAGAAAUAUUGAAUAUGAUAAGCACGUACACAUGAACUGAUACACGUAUGCCUGCUGGCUGGUAGUGUUAUUGCUGAUUAAGGGGGUUUUGAUCUUCUGGAGCUACCAAGCAAACUCUGAAUUUAAGGGAACACUGGUGGAAAACUGGAAAUAAGAUGAAGAAAAAAUUGACACUGGAAGAAGGGUUGAAUAUAUUGAAAGAAGGAACUACAAAGGCGAUGAUGAUACUGGAUGGAUGCCCUACCAGUGCAUUAUUCACUUGUGAAGAAUAUAUGAAACUCUAUGACUGCGUGUAUGAUAUGUGUGUUCAACAUCCCCCUUAUGAGUAUUGUGCAGAGCUCUACGAAAUAUUCAAGAAAGCUCUGGAAGAGAGCAUUACUUCAAGGGUGAUGCCAGCUCUUAAGGAUAAAACAGAUAUAAAUCUGUUAUAUGAACUUUGGAACAUGUGGACAAAAUACAAGGUCAUGGCAAAAUGUCUUGGAGGGUUCUUCCUGUACCUUGAUCGUCACUUUGUGGAAGAUAGGAAAGUUGUUUCUCUUAGUGAUCUCUCGAUUUGUUGCUUCCAUGAUCUGGUGUGCAGUGAAUUGUAUCCUAAGAUUUUGGAAGCUGCAAUUUCUCUAAUCAAUCAGGACCGUGAUGACAACUCUGUUUGCAGGGAUUUGCUAAAGAAUGUUUCAACCUUCUUCGUGGAAAUUGGGAGGGGGGAGAUGCGCUAUUACGAGAACUUUGAGAUGGCAGUAAUAAUAAGUACUGCAAAGUACUACAAUCAUUUGGUUCCAGAGUGGCUUAUGUAUUACUCAUCAGCUGAUUAUAUUUUUAAGGCUGAAUAUUGUUUGAGCCAGGAGAAAGAAAGAGCUAGUCAAUUCCUGCAUCAAACCUCAGUGGAGAAGUUGCUACUGGUUGUGCAUGAGCAAUUAUUGUGUGAAACUGCAAGCAAAGUGCAGGAGAAACAGAGAGCUGAGUGUGUUGAUGGCUCAGUCUCAUAUCAGGAGGUGCUAUCGCGAUGUGCAGGCUUGAACCUUGGCGAAGGGAGUUCUCGGGCAUGAACCAAGUUUAGGUUGGUGAUUCCAUGAAAUGAACAUAGAUGCACAUAUAUGAUAUAUGCACUUUUGACUUUCCUGAAACAAGUGUUCUUUAAAUGCAGUUCACAAAUCUCCAUUUCCUCUUUCCCUAAAUGCAAUGCACUUUGCAUCUUAAGUGUUUUAAUGUGCUUGCUUUGCUAUAUGAAGCUGCAAUUACUCAAAGCAGA